ACUACAUUAUAUUUAACAUGUGUUUUGAUAUUCAUUAUACUUUUAUUAUUAAUAUGUUAUUUACCCAUAAACUUGUCUUUAGGGAUCCAUAAGUUAUAGUGGCAAGAAUAACUUAGUUAAAUAUUGAGGGGCGGUUUCCCAGACAGGGUUUAUAUUAAGACAGGAGUUUAAUUAAUGUUUAAUUCAUGUAAUUCAUGUUGUAAUUCAGUACAGAUUACUAACAAACAGAUUUCCAGAUUUCUUUUCUUUUAUUCCAAAGGUGAUGUGUGCACAAUUUUUCACUCCCAUCGGCACUCUUAUGUAUUUGUGCUCUCACGCUAAUUUACCCUGUUCAGUAAAUCUGGCCCUAAGUUUAAUACAGUUUGUUGUGUGGAUUUGUGUCUAGACUAAGUUAUGCAAUUUAAAAAAUACCUCCAUCUGUGUACUUUACAGUGAAGUUUAUGCAUUAGAUUCUGAAGAUGAGGAGGAUGUGGUCAUGUUGACCUCACCUGUUUAUUCUAACAAUGAAAUUGAUGAUGGUGUUACUGCUGCUGAUAUCAUCAGAACAUUUCAGAGGGAAAAUCUUAAUUUGGAAGAAAGGGUGAUUGUAGUGGCCAGAAGGAGUAAAAUUCUGCAUAGUGCAUGUACUGCACUGAAAACCAGCUACUUCGCAUGGCACAAAUCCCCACAAAUCGAAUUUGUAGGUGAAAGUGCUGAUGACUAUGGGGGACCUAGCAGAGAAUUUUUCAGGAUGUGCAGUCAUCAUUUGGAGUUUUUGAGGGGAAAACAGGCCAGAUGUUUUUCACCUAUGACCAAGUAGCUGUGGAAAUGAAGCGGUAUUACACAGCAGGAAAGCUAAUUUCUUGGUCUCAUGCAUGGUGGACCAGGUUUCAAAGCACUAGAUAGCACAUUAUUUAAACUAAUGUGUGGCCAACCAGAUUCUGCAGAAGAAUUUGACUGGCAUAACCUGCCAGAUGGCGAAAUUCAAGAGAAAGUGCGACAGACCCAAGAAGAGAUAGAUGUAAUUGUGUCAAGCCUUGGAGACUGGAUUGCUGACUGUGGUGUCCCUGGAAUUUACAGUGCAGCACCUAAGGAUAUGAGACGGAUCUAUGGUCAGGUGAUCAAACACUACAUUUACUUCAGAACAGCAGACAUGAUUGCUCAAUUUAAGGAUGGCAUGAACUCCUGUGGCAACUUGUGGCAGAUUGUUGAAAAAAACUGGAAGGUCUUCCUUCCCUUGUUCACGAAUGAGCAGAAAGAACUAACCAGAGAUGACUUUAGAGCCCUAUUCACAAUUUGCUGGAGUGAGGAGGGAAGCAACCUCAGAGAAAUGGAGGAAGAUACCAUCUUUUGCUGGGAGCUCCUGCUGAAUUCAGUUCAGGAAAAACAAUCAACAAUCACCUUUAAAGAGAUGCUGGUUUUUAUUACUGGUGCAGACUGCAUUCUCCCAUUGGGCUUCCCAGGAGAACCGAGAAUUGAGUUUUACACACAAGAAAAUCGGCGGCUUCCAUUUGCGUCAACUUGUGGCAUGGUGCUCUUUUUGCCUCGAGGUAUCCAAGAAGAGGAGGAGUUUACUGACCUGCUUAACACAGCACUUAAAGGGUACCUUGGAUUUUGAAAAAUCUAAUUUAGUAAAUUUAUUCACUUGUUAAUUAAAGGGAUAGUUGACCCUAAAACGAAGUUUCUGUCAUUAAUUACACACCCUCAUGUCGUUCCAAAUACGUAACAUUUUUGUUCAUCAUCGGAACACAAAUGAAGAUCUUUUUAAUGAAAUCUGAGAGCUUUCUGUUACUUCAUUGACAUCAAUGCAACUUCCACUUUGACGCAUCAAAAAGUUUAUAAAUAGAUUGUGAAAGUAAUCCAUAUGAACAGAGCGGUUUAAACUAAAUUUUCUGAAGAGACUCGAUCGCUUUACAUGAUGAACAGAUUGAAUUUAGGCUUUUAUUCACAUCUAAACAUUCAAUUCACACAUCAGUUGUGGUAAACAGAAGCUCAAGCAUGUUCGCUUGUCGUAUGAGAACCAAUGAGGUUCAUUCACUCAAACAUGCUUGAGCUUAUGUUUAUCAUAAAUUAUGUGUGUUGAUGAAAGUUUAUAUGUGAAUACAAGCCUAGAUUUAAUCUGUUCAUUAUGUAAAGC